CUAUCUAUUUGAACGGUUUUAGUUUUAUAUAUUGUUCAAAUAACACACUCUACUUUUAGAUAUUCGACUGACCCAAUAAUGUCUCUCUGUUAUAUAGGGUACUGUGGCUCGGAGGUUCAUCGGUCUGAACCGUCGCAACCAAUACGAGAAAGAGCUCAAGCGUGGGAUGAUCUACACACUGACCAACUACUAUGCAUCGAACACCAAGGUGAUGUACCAUGUUGCUGACCAGAGGCUGGUAAUUUGCAUCUCACACGCCUCUGAACUGAGGAAGGUGGAAGAAGACAUUGAAGCCAUUUUGACAGAGCGCUUCAGAAUCCAUUCCUUUACAGAUUUUGAAGCCAACUGUGAUCUCAGAGGAGAUCUUCACGGUAAGGGUUUAGUUGUUUUCUUACCAAGUUUAGACCAGUACAGCUUCCCAGUUGAUUGUUUGUAGCCGUCUGAGUAACAAUCCGUGUAACUUUGUGUUGUAGAUGUUGUCGGCCACCUUAAGCUGGUUGAUGGGCAUCCUCUCCAUCAGCGUCCGGUUUUGUGCACCAAGGAUGACUCAGCUUCUCGGAAAGUGAUGGUUCAUGUGCAACUUAAAGAGUAAGCUACUAUAAUUCAGCCAUUGUUUUUAAAUUUAUGAUCCUUACUAAAACAUCUAUAUUUUUUUUUACUUUGCAGUGGUCCAGUGAUUAACGUGUACCUAUGGGACGAGGCUGCAGAGAAUUUCCGCGUGAAGUUUGACGCCUGUGCAGACACUCCAACGGUUCUAUUGGUUACAACGGUCAAUCCUAAGAAACUCGGUGGUAAUAUCUCACACUCCAUAUAAGACUUCCUAAUCACUCAAAUUCAAUUACAUAACCCUAUCACUAACUGCUUAUGUAUUGUCAGGGAAAUUAUGCAUAAGUUCAAUGUCUUCAUCAAGAGUGUUUUUGGACGAAGAGGUUGACCCCACCAAGGAAUACUUGACAUGGUUAGUAUUUUACAUAACCCUACCACUAAUCACUCGCACUUAGUUACACUCGGUUAUUGUUCAGAUAUAUUUUACUUGACCACUUUUAAGAACCUUGAUGAUCGCCUGUUGUUAAUUUUUUUGGCAAGGUUGACCACGAACCCUGGUGCAACUUCUUCAGUCAAUCCUGUUGAGGUGGUUAAAGCUGAAACACUCACAAUAAGUGAGAUUGCUGCCUUCAUCAAGCGUGAGCCUGCUAAGGUUGCCUACUUUGACUGCAUUGCCACAAUUGAUGAUGUCAAGCAUGGCACUGAGUGGUAUUACAUUGCUUGCAAGGAUUGCCAGACGAAGCUAAACCGCGGGCCGACAACACUGCUUUGUCCAAAAUGCGGCAAUGAAAAUGCUACUGCAGUAGCCAACUACCGGGUGGAGAUGUCUGUCUAUGAUAAUGAGGAGCAGUGCACGUUCAUCAUUCUUGGAGAUGCUGGGAAAGAGCUCACUGGCAGAAAAGCAACAGAGUUGAUCGACACAUAUGCUGAGGUAAUAAUUUUGAUAAACUUGACACUUAUUUUCAUCAUAAAGUGCUACCAAUUUGAUAAAUGAUUCUGUUAUAAUAGGAAAAUGGGGGGAGAUGGGGCUGAGCUUGAGGUUCCACUGCCACAGUGUUUUAUCGAUGCAAUAGGACAGACUAAGAAAUUCAGGAUCAAGGUAUCGCCCUACAAUUUCACAUCUACACGCCUAUCUUUGACUGCAACCAAAAUUGUAUCAUCAGCAGUUUUGCCCCCAA